AUGAGAGGGAGAGUGCAGAAAUCAACAAAUGAUCCAGUUCCUAACUUCUUUACUCUAAACAACGGCUACCCGAAUGCUGUCCACUCCUUGGUUGGUGCCAAAGAUUCCAGCGGCCACUUUACUCCCAUUUACAUUGAUACCGAACAAAUUGAGAGCACCUUCUCUGUCAGUUACGAACCUGUUGAGAUGGCGCAAUGGUGGUAUCAAUACAGGAUCAACACAGCAACAAUGGUUGAGAAUGUAGUAUCCAAAAAGGAAACGCAAGAUUUCUCUGCCGAUGACCGAAAUCAAGACAAAUCCUUCAAGUGGCAGUCCACUUACAAAGUUAACCUGGGAAAAUGGGAAUCUAAUCCAAUAAUGAAUCAAUUUCAGGAAUUUUUAUUGAUCUUUUUUUCAAGCACACCAUAA